AGCUGACGUAAAACUGAACACGAAAAGAGAAGUGGGAACAGCUGGAAUUUGGAGAAGAAUUCACAGUUCGAACAUAGAUUGUUCUGUAAUUUACAUUAGAAAUGGUGAAAUACAUUGUGAUGUAAAAUUUUAGUGUACACGAAGCAAACCUUUAUAUUUAUAUUGUACAUCUAAGUAUUUAAAAAAUGCCAGUAGACCAAAUACAGUACUCCGAAAGGUACAAUGAUGAUAUCUAUGAAUACAGACAUGUAAUCCUACCUCCAGACAUUGCCAGACUAGUCCCAAAGUCUCAUCUCAUGACAGAAACGGAAUGGCGCAACCUAGGAGUCCAGCAGAGCCCUGGCUGGCUGCACUUCAUGGUACAUAAUCCUGAACCGCAUGUACUAUUGUUCCGACGACUCAGGACUGAUGUACCAGCUCCAUUAAAUGGUUUAGACCUGGGAAAUAAUUCAUCAGUUAAAGUUUUAGUUAAAGGUUUGUGCAAUUAAUGGCACAUUUACCACCAAAGGUUGUGAAAAACAUGAUUACACUAAACUGGGGUCAAUGAAAAAAAACAGAAUUUAAAAUAACAACUUGACAUUAUUUGUGUGAGAGAAAAAGACAGUUAGUGUCCUUUUCUCACACAAAUAGAGGUUUACACAAAUAGAUGUUUAUAUAAACAGUGUUUACAUUCACAACUUAGCUAUCUCUUUUCAUUGACUGCAUUUUAGGGAUAACUACCCAUAAAAACAAUGUGACAAAAAAUUGCUAUACCCCUAUUUUGUAUGUUAUGUAUGUUAUUGUACUUUGUUGUAAAACAAAUAUGAGAUGGAUUAAUCUUAAACUUUCAUGUUUAAUUUCAGUACAGAUGGCAAUAGUGUGCAAUACACUACAAAAAAUUUGUAGGUAUUGAAGACCCAAAAAUAUAAUAUUUACUGAUUGUUUAAAUUUACUUAAAUGCACUUAGUAAAUUCUUAGUUAUCUUUGAACUUUGUAUACAUUUUUAAUUGUAGGGGGUUUAGCAGUUUUAUGUCACGAAUAGAUUAUCCAAAGCCCAAAUUCUAGCUGGCUGCUUUUGCCUUAAAUAAAUUUGUAUUCUUAGUGUGGAAUUUGCAAGCUUGCUGUCAUGUAACAAAGUGUUUCGUUUUCGAGAAUCAAAAAUAACAUCGGAAUUAAUGCAUCCAGUUUUGCAAGUACCAAUCAAAAAAAAAUUAAUUCUACUCAAAUUCCCAUAACUUAGAUAGUGGGUAAGAUUGUUUUUUUAUUAUAACAAAUGGCCCUCCUAAGUGGAAAUAGGUUAUAAACAGAGCAACAUUUCGGAGAGCAUGCAAUAAAAAUCAAGCAAGCAUCAUGUACCUAUAAUUACACCUGCAACCUCUGUCUUCAGACCAGAAUACAGCAACGCUUUUUGGCAAUAGAAAUAAGCAAGGCAGUAGUACUUCCCCUGACAAGCUUUGUCAUAAGAAAAGCUCUACUAGUUUAGAUAAAAUAUUAAAAAACUACUAGUUUAUAUAAACCCUAAAAAUCAGCCAAAUGUUUGGCUUAUUCUUAGGGUUCUUAAACCCAAAAGGCAAAACGGGACCCUAUUAUUUAGAUUCUGCUGUGCUUUCACGAGGCUGUAUAUCAUGAUCUGUGAUAGUUAGACAGUUGGAAUUUUCACAGAUGAUGUAUUUCUGUUGACACUAACAAAAAAUAUACAAUAUUAUAGGCGCUCUGGUACAAUGGUACGGAAACCAUUGUAUUUCUUUAAAGUAGGUGCCACUUUGAUACAUAAAACGACGCAACUUAUUGGAAGCGUGCAAAUAUUAUACUAAGGUUACUGUAUUCUAAUGUAGUACUGCCCAACCAAACUUAAUGAUAAGUACAAACUUGUACUGAGUUUGAGUGAACGGCCUGUAUACUAUAAAAAUUAUUAAAAAUGUAAUCAUAGGUGCUUAGAUCAGGUAUAAAAUAUGUGGCCUUGACUGAUAUACUUACUGUAAUAAAAUUAUAAGCACUAAAUCGCUAAAGUAUUGCCAGCCUAUUCUCACAAGGGAUGGUAAGUUUUCUACACUGUGAUCCAACUAAUUAUGUUGAUACGACGACGUCUCUGGCGCAACGGUGAGGUAAAAUAAAAAAUAUAUUAUAAAUAGGAGGUCCCGUGUUCGAAAUUUGGGAAUUUAUAAUUUCUGAAUUUUCUCUUGUCUGGUGGCUAGUUAUCACCCUACC